AUGAUCUCUCGACCCAUGCUCCACACCUUCCACAAGGUCAUUUCAUCCUCACAAGGCUUCACUAUCGGAACCUCUCCGUGGGAUGAGUCUCUCAAGAACCGCCGUAGAGCUGCUGCCACAGCGCUCAACCGCCCUGCCGUGCAAUCGUACAUGCCACUCAUCGACCUCGAGUCGACAGUCUCUAUCAAGGAGCUACUGCAAGACAGCAAGAAUGGAGAGCUCGAUCUCGAUCCCCGGGCAUACUGGCAGCGAUACGCCCUCAAUACCUCCUUGACUCUAAAUUAUGGAUACAGAAUCGAUGGAAACAAAGACGCACCACUUUUGAAGGAGAUUGUGGAUGUUGAACGUGGGAUUGGCAACUUCAGGUCGACAAGCAACAACUGGCAAGACUAUGUUCCGCUAUUGAGACUGUUGCCCGGCACGAGCAAUGAGGCCGAAAGUUUUCGAAAGAGGAGGGAUGUAUACAUGGACCACUUACUUAGCACACUGCAGGAAAAGAUGAAGAAUGGAACGGAUAAGCCAUGUAUUACCGGUAACAUCAUAAAAGAUCCGGAAGCAAAGCUGAACCGCGAUGAGAUCACGUCCAUCGGCCUGACCAUGGUAUCAGCGGGUCUGGACACUAUACCAGCCAAUAUUAUCAUGGGAAUCGCCUACCUUGCUUCACCAGCUGGUCAGAAGAUCCAGCAACGUGCGUACAAUGAGAUUAUGAAAGUGUACCCAAACAACGACGCCUGGGAGCAAUGCUUGUACGAAGAAAAACUCCCAUACAUCACUGCAUUAUACAAGGAGAUCCUCCGAUAUUGGACUGUCCUUCCCAUGUCUCUGCCUCGCGUAUCGAUACAAGACAUCGAAUGGAACGGUGUCGUCUUCCCAGCAGGCACAACUUUCUACAUGAACGCAUACGCUGCCAACUACGACGAGGAACACUUUGACAACCCUCAAGAGUUCAACCCAGAAAGGUAUCUUAACGUAGCUGAGGGGGGUGGGACUUCGCAUUACGGUUAUGGGGCUGGAUCGCGCAUGUGCCUAGGCUCGCAUCUUGCGAACCGCGAGCUGUUCACUGCGUUUGUUAGACUCAUCUCUGCAUUCGAAUUCACACCGCCUGUCGACCCGCGAGAUGAGCCGUACCUGGAGUGCUUGAAAGCAAAUGCUCUGCCCAAAAGUCUCACCAUGGAGCCCAAGUACUUCAAGGUUGGCUUCAAGCCUAGAAACAGGCAGUUGCUGGAUCAAUGGAUCAAAGAGAGUGAAGAGAGGACCAAGGAACUAAUGUAA